GCCCCGGCAGCGGCCCCGGCGGUGGCUGCGGUGGGGGUGGCCGGAACUCGGGUGGUGAAGCGGCAGGGGUGGCGGCGGCGGCCGGAGGGGCGGCAGCUGCCCCGCCGCGCUCCCGGCGCUUCCCUUCCUCUCGUGCAGCCAGGAAGUUUCUCGCUUCUGUGCAUGUGUGCGCGUGAGUGUGGGUGGAUGAGGUGAAGGUUUGGGCGGCAGCGGUGCAGGCGCUGGGUUUUUUGCCCACUUCGCUUCCCGUCACCCGGGAGCCUGGGCUGUGGCCCGAGGAGGGGGCGCGGCGGCGGGCUCCCUCCUUUUGUUGUUGUUUCCUCCGCCUGGGGUCCUGAAGGGGGGACGCGCCGGGGCGGGGCGGCUCGGAGCCCGGGCCUGGUGGCCCGCGGGGCUCCCGGGCGGGCCGGGCGAGGCCGAGCCGAGCGGGCUUCAACAUGAUGGCGGCCGAGGCCGGCGGUGAGGAGGGCGGCCCGGUGACCGCCGGGGCCGCGGGAGGCGGUGCGGCCGCGGGCGCCAGUUCCUAUCCGGCGGCGUGUCGGGUGAGGAUCCCCGCGGCCCUGCCGGUGGCCGCCGCCCCCUAUCCCGGGCCGUCGGAGGGCAGAGCGGCCGGGACUCUGGAUGGCGGAGCCGCGCUGGGAUCGGGGUUCCCGGGAGCCGGGUGUGGGGCCGGGGCGCUGGGGGGAGCCGGACUGUCAGGGGGAGGCGCCGCUGCUGGCGUGGCCGGUGCCGCCGCCGCCGCCGGACCUGGCGGGGAGAUGGCCCUCGCCAGAGGGACCACUGCGUUGCCUGCCGAGCCCUUCGGGGCAGGCGGCGGAUUCCCCCCUCUGCCGCCGCCUCCCCAGCUGCCCGCUUUGGGGGCGGGCCUGGGAACCGUGGACGAAGGGGACUCUCUGGAUGGACCCGAAUACGAGGAAGAAGAGGUGGCCAUCCCGCUGACCGCUCCUCCAACGAACCAGUGGUAUCAUGGAAAACUUGAUAGAACUAUGGCAGAGGAACGCCUCAGACAGGCAGGGAAGUCCGGCAGUUACCUAAUAAGAGAGAGUGAUCGGAGGCCAGGGUCCUUUGUACUUUCAUUUCUUAGCCAGACAAAUGUUGUCAACCAUUUUAGGAUUAUUGCUAUGUGUGGAGAUUACUACAUUGGUGGAAGACGUUUUUCUUCACUGUCAGACCUAAUAGGUUAUUACAGUCAUGUUUCCUGUUUGCUUAAAGGAGAAAAACUGCUUUAUCCAGUUGCACCACCAGAGGCAAUAGAAGAUAGGAGGCGUGUUCGAGCCAUUCUGCCUUACACAAAAGUUCCAGAUACUGAUGAAAUAAGUUUCUUAAAAGGAGAUAUGUUCAUCGUUCAUAAUGAAUUAGAAGAUGGGUGGAUGUGGGUUACAAAUCUAAGAACAGAUGAACAAGGCCUAAUUGUUGAAGACCUAGUAGAAGAGGUGGGCCGAGAAGAAGAUCCACAUGAAGGCAAAAUAUGGUUCCAUGGGAAAAUUUCCAAGCAAGAAGCUUAUAAUUUACUAAUGACAGUUGGCCAAGUCUGCAGUUUUCUUGUGAGGCCCUCAGACAAUACUCCAGGUGACUAUUCACUUUAUUUUCGGACCAGUGAAAAUAUUCAGCGAUUUAAAAUAUGUCCAACACCAAACAAUCAAUUUAUGAUGGGAGGCCGAUAUUAUAACAGUAUUGGGGACAUCAUAGAUCACUAUCGGAAAGAACAAAUUGUUGAAGGUUAUUAUCUUAAGGAACCUGUACCAAUGCAGGAUCAAGAACAAGUACUCAAUGAUACAGUGGAUGGAAAAGAAAUAUAUAAUACAAUUCGUCGAAAAACAAAAGAUGCCUUUUAUAAAAAUAUUGUUAAAAAAGGUUAUCUUCUAAAAAAGGGCAAAGGAAAACGGUGGAAAAAUUUAUAUUUUAUUUUAGAGGGCAGUGAUGCCCAACUUAUUUAUUUUGAGAGUGAAAAACGAGCUACAAAACCAAAAGGAUUAAUAGAUCUCAGUGUAUGUUCUGUCUAUGUUGUUCAUGACAGUCUCUUUGACAGGCCAAACUGUUUUCAGAUAGUAGUUCAGCACUUUAGUGAAGAACAUUACAUCUUUUACUUUGCAGGCGAAACUCCAGAACAAGCAGAGGAUUGGAUGAAAGGUCUGCAGGCAUUUUGCAAUUUACGGAAAAGUAGUCCAGGGACAUCUAAUAAACGCUUGCGUCAGGUCAGCAGCCUUGUUUUACAUAUUGAAGAAGCCCAUAAACUCCCAGUAAAACAUUUUACUAAUCCCUAUUGCAACAUCUACCUGAACAGUGUCCAGGUAGCAAAAACUCAUGCAAGGGAAGGCCAAAACCCUGUAUGGUCAGAAGAGUUUGUCUUUGAUGAUCUUCCUCCUGACAUCAACAGAUUUGAAAUAACUCUUAGUAAUAAAACAAAGAAAAGCAAAGAUCCUGAUAUCUUAUUUAUGCGCUGCCAAUUGAGCCGGUUACAGAAAGGGCAUGCCACAGAUGAAUGGUUUUUGCUCAGCUCCCAUAUACCAUUAAAAGGUAUUGAACCAGGAUCCCUGCGUGUCCGGGCACGAUAUUCUAUGGAAAAAAUCAUGCCAGAAGAAGAAUACAGUGAAUUUAAAGAGCUUAUACUGCAAAAGGACCUUCAUGUAGUCUAUGCUUUAUCACAUGUGUGUGGACAGGAUCGAACACUACUGGCUAGCAUCCUACUGAGGAUUUUCCUUCAUGAAAAACUUGAAUCAUUGUUGCUAUGUACACUAAAUGACAGAGAAAUAAGCAUGGAAGAUGAAGCCACUACCUUAUUUCGAGCCACAACACUUGCAAGCACCUUGAUGGAGCAGUAUAUGAAAGCCACUGCCACACAAUUUGUCCAUCAUGCUUUGAAAGACUCCAUUUUAAAGAUAAUGGAAAGCAAGCAAUCUUGUGAGUUAAGUCCAUCAAAAUUAGAAAAAAAUGAAGAUGUGAACACUAAUUUAGCACACCUAUUGAACAUACUUUCAGAGCUUGUGGAGAAAAUAUUCAUGGCUUCAGAAAUACUUCCACCGACACUGAGAUAUAUUUAUGGGUGUUUACAGAAAUCUGUUCAGCACAAGUGGCCUACAAAUACCACCAUGAGAACAAGAGUUGUUAGUGGUUUUGUUUUUCUUCGACUUAUCUGUCCUGCCAUCCUGAAUCCACGGAUGUUUAACAUCAUCUCAGAUUCCCCAUCUCCUAUUGCUGCAAGAACACUGAUAUUAGUGGCUAAGUCUGUACAGAACUUAGCUAAUCUUGUGGAAUUUGGAGCCAAGGAACCCUAUAUGGAAGGUGUCAAUCCUUUCAUCAAAAGUAACAAACAUCGUAUGAUCAUGUUUUUAGAUGAACUUGGGAGAGGAAGGGAAAGGGAUAGAAAGCUAGAAACAUCGACGAGAGAGAGACAUCGACCAGCUGCCUCCUGCACACCCCCCACUGGGGAUGUGCCCGCAACCAAGAAUGUACCUGAACUUCCGGACACUACAGAGCAUUCUAGGACUGACCUCUCCCGUGAUUUAGCAGCAUUGCAUGAGAUUUGUGUGGCCCAUUCAGAUGAACUGAGAACGCUCAGUAAUGAGCGUGGUGCACAGCAGCAUGUACUGAAAAAGCUUCUGGCUAUAACAGAACUGCUUCAACAAAAACAAAACCAGUAUACAAAAACCAAUGAUGUCAGGUAGCAGCCUUCACCCAAGUGUCUGCAUGGAUUCAGCAUGCCAACAUGGUAAUUCACAUCAGUAUGUCUCCUUUGCUCUUGCCAAAAAAUAGCACACCUUUCCACAUUCCAGUGAUGUGUGAGCUAUGCAAACAAAACCUUAGAUUCUGCUGGUGGAUAAUUGUACCAGCAGCUUUGUAAGCUAUCUGUGCAGGAUAUUUGCACUUUUUCCACAUUAUGGAAUCAAUCUUUACCAACCUCUGAGCCUUGGUGUACAGAUCACCUUUCAUACAACAUAUGACUGUACUUUGAGAAUAUAUUUUCAAUACAUCCAAUUGCCAAAGUUUUGCUGUCUCUUGGGAAAAGAACUAUGAAAUCAACUGACAAGAAAAAGCAUUCUCUGUCAACAAGUGAGUACAACUGGAUUGCAUACUGUUCUUACUGUAACUUCUUCCUGAUUAGGAAUAUGACCGUUUGACUGUUAUUUGUUACAGUUUCCAGAAUUUGCCAUUAUAAUAGGAACAACCUUUGCUGUAUACUUUUUUUAAAAUACUGUGCUACUUCUCUUGCUAGAACUGUUGAAAGAAAAUAUAGAUGGAACUAUUGCUCAUCAGCUUUAUUUUUUAAACAUACCACUUAUUUGUUCAAACUGUAUUUAGAUCUCAUAAUGCUUUUGUUAAAUGUUUACAACAGUAAAUAGUUUAAAUUCAAUAAAUAUUGGUCAUUGUACUGAU